AUGCAACAGUACAUUUAAUCAAAAAUAUACUUAGAUUUAUUCAGAUGCUAGAAUUAAAAUUAAAAUUGUAAUUCAAAAAUUUUGAUCUUAAGAACUAAAUGAUUAAUGUUGAAUUAAUUGAAGAAUAUAAGAUUUAUCUCUAAUAUUAAACAGGUCCAAUUAGUAAUUUAUUCCCUUUUGAACUAAAUAACAUUACGGAUGUUAACAAGCUAUCCUCAUAAUUAUAUGAUAAAAUUGGCUUAAUUUUACCAGCAAAUUACUUCAUAACUAUUUCUAAAAUAAAGGCAGAUGACCUUUUUGUUUAUCUCAAAAUUGAAAAGAAAACCAUUAAUAAAUUUAAGAUUUUAUUGAGACUAAUAUUAUCUAUUGUUGAAAUUAUGAAAUCAAAUUAAUUACUACUCAAAUUCCAUUUAAAAAGAUAUAAAAUUUUUGAAUAACCUGAUUUAAUAAAACCUUUCAGAAAUUUUUUAUUAAUUAUCAUUUAAGAGAUAGAUAUCGAUUACAAUUAUUUGUUAAGAAAUUUAUCUAGUUUCUAAUAAUCUUAAAGUUAAUUAUUUAUUUUCAAACUUUCUUUUGAUUAUGCUUAUAUUAAUGAAAUAAAAGUUCUAUUAAGCUAUAAGCUUUUGGAUUUUGAUUUAAACAAAAAUAUUUUGUAGAAAUUAUAAGAACUGAUGAUUAAAUAAAAUAGAUUUAUUCUAUUGCUUAUAGAUACAAAAUUUUGA